AGUGCCACCUCAUUAUUUCAACUCACUUUCUGCGGACUUCUCAAUACUCUCUCUCUCUCACUAAGAGCCCAAUUCCAAAGCAGAACAUCACAGAUUGGUCGAUCGCUUUCUGGGUUUUGCUUCUCAUACUCUCGAUUUCAAUCUGGUUAUAAAUCGCAAUUGAUUUGGAUUUUGAGUGUUAUGCUGUAAAAGGUAAAAAUGCAAGCGUCAACUUAUGGUUCAGUAAAGGGGAAGUUGGGGUUUGAAGAUCAAAACCAAAGAAGCGUGUUGGGUUUUGGAGAAUUGAAAAAUAGAGCAAGUACAGGGUCCAGGAAUCUGUGGGUUGCAGAGAGGAGAACUUGCUCUGGUGGAUUGAGCCUCCGUGCCACAACGCCGGCGAUGGGAGCCAAGCUUGCCGGUCUUAGAAUGGGUUCUGAUGGGAUUUCCAUGUCCACUUUGAAACCCAGAUCAGUCCACGCUCAGGCUUCUGAUGGGGAUGUUGAGAAUCUUAUUCCCUCCAAGCCUCAGGGGAAGUCCUCUGGAACAGUAUUGCCGUAUGUCGGUGUUGCUUGUCUUGGAGCCAUUUUGUUUGGCUAUCACCUGGGGGUGGUAAAUGGUGCUCUUGAGUACCUAUCGAAGGAUCUUGGUAUUGCGGAAAAUGCGGUAUUGCAAGGGUGGGUGGUUAGCACACUUCUAGCAGGUGCCACAGUUGGAUCAUUUACUGGUGGAUCGUUGGCUGACAAGUUUGGCAGGACUAAGACUUUUCAAAUAAAUGCAAUUCCGCUAGCAGUUGGAGCAUUUUUGUGUGCAACAGCCCAGAGUGUGCAAACGAUGAUAGUUGGCCGCUUACUUGCUGGCAUUGGAAUUGGCGUUACUUCUGCUAUUGUCCCACUUUAUAUAUCUGAGAUCUCUCCAACUGAAAUUCGUGGUGCCCUUGGAUCUGUAAACCAGCUUUUUAUAUGUAUUGGGAUUCUUGCAGCACUGGUGGCUGGAUUACCAUUAGCCGCAAAUCCCUUAUGGUGGAGGACGAUGUUCGGUAUUGCAGUAGUACCAUCUGUUCUAUUGGCAUUAGGAAUGGCUGUUUCACCAGAAAGUCCAAGAUGGCUUUUUCAGCAAGGAAAAAUUUCUGAAGCUGAAAAGGCUAUAAAAACACUAUUCGGAAAAGAAAGAGUUACUGAGGUCAUGCAUGACUUGAGAUCAGCAACUUCAGGUUCUGCUGAACCUGAAGCGGGCUGGUUUGAUUUGUUUAGUAGCCGCUAUUGGAAAGUCGUUAGUGUGGGUGCAGCACUUUUCUUGUUACAACAGAUGGCUGGGAUAAAUGCUGUGGUCUAUUAUUCUACUUCUGUCUUCCGCAGUGCUGGCAUUACAUCUGAUGUUGCAGCAAGUGCUCUGGUUGGAUUAGCAAAUGUCUUGGGCACAGCUGUUGCAUCCUCGUUGAUGGAUAAACAGGGAAGGAAAAGUCUUCUACUCACAAGCUUUGGUGGAAUGGCUGCUUCGAUGUUGCUGCUUUCACUGUCCUUUACAUGGAAAGCCCUUGCUCCAUAUUCUGCCCCCCUUUCUGUCGCUGGAACUGUUCUCUAUGUAUUGUCCUUUUCACUUGGCGCUGGCCCUGUGCCUGCUCUUCUUCUACCAGAGAUUUUUGCUUCAAGAAUCAGAGCAAAAGCAGUUUCUUUGUCACUGGGCAUGCACUGGAUUUCAAACUUCGUCAUAGGCCUCUAUUUCUUGAGCCUUGUAACUAAGUUCGGGAUCGGCACAGUGUAUUUUGGAUUUGCUGUCGUCUGUCUUCUGGCUGUCUUGUACAUAGCUGGUAAUGUUGUUGAAACGAAAGGUCGUUCGUUGGAGGAAAUAGAGCGUGCUCUUAGUGUUGUCACUUGAUUACGAUAUGAUUCAAACUACGAGCAAAAAUCUCCAGCAGCUUCGGAUUUUGGCCUUAAGCACCGACAGCAUCACCUCCUUUUCCUGCUAUGCGGACUAGUUCAUUCCCACCUCUCCAGGACUUGUAUUUAGAGAUGGAACCGUGAUUGUAGCCACAUAAAAUGGUGUCUAUGGAUUUCCAUUACUGUAACACACUACCACCUUGGUGAUGCAAAUAAUAUUCUAGUUUCUACCAUGAAUUUUGGAACUCUUUGUAAUUUCUCAGAUCGAAUGACUGUUUGAGUACAGCGCCGUUAGACGGUGGGAGGUACCGACACAAGAUGAAUGAAAAGGUUUAGGCUGCUUAGCAGAUGACAUAUUGAAA